AUGAGAUUCAUCACCGCCGCUUUCAUGGCAGCACUGGCCAUGCCUUUGGCUUUGGCACAAGACAAUUCGAGUUCUGCUUCCAUAACUCAUCAGAUCCCCGACUGCGCUAAAUUUUGUUUGGCGAGCUUUGCAGACCGGUCAACAUGCGCCAUGGACGACGUAGCCUGCAUAUGUCCAAAUACGGCACUGAAGGAGGACCUUACCAAGUGCGUGGUGGCUAAAUGUAGCAUCAAGGAAGCAUUGUUUACCAAGAAUGUCACAUCCGUCGCCUGCGGGGAAGAGAUCAGGGAUAAGCGUCUUGAACUCAACGUCACGGCUGUUGUCCUUGGAGCACUGGCGGCAUUGUUUGUGAUACUUCGAAUAUUCUCCAAGAUCUUUGUCAUCGGUGGCAAUACUGGCUUGGACGACUGGUUCAUCGUAGCGACGAUCCUACUCGGCGUUGCCGACACGGUGCUUAUCGUGGAAGGCUUGACAGCUUACGGCCUGGGUCGAGACAUAUGGGUCUUGACCAGCGAGGAAAUCACACAGUUUGGGCUGCACAUGUACGUGAUACAGAUCAUGUAUAUUGCACGGCUGUCCCUGCUGAAGAUGUCGCUGCUGUUCUUCUACCUGCGCAUCUUUCCCAACCCACGCAUACGGCAGCUUCUCUGGGGCACCGUGAUUUUCAACGCGGGCUACUUUGUGGCCUUUAGCGCUGUUGGCGCUACCCUCUGUCGGCCCGUCCACUUUUACUGGGAGAGGUGGGAUGGUGAGCACGUCGAUGGGACUUGCAUGGAUGCGAACGCGAUCGCGUGGGCCAAUGCGGCGGUCAGCAUCGCCCUCGACGUUUGGAUGUUGGCGCUGCCAUUGUCGCAGUUGGGGUACCUGAAGCUGCACUGGAAGAAGAAGGUCGGCGUGAUCAUCAUGUUUGGUGUUGGCACAUUCGUCACCGUCAUGAGCGUUCUCCGACUUCAGUCUCUUGUUUCGUUUGCAAGCUCCGACAACCCGACCUGGGACAACUGGGAUGUCGUCAGGUGGUCGACAAUCGAGAUCAACGUCGGCGUCAUCUGCGCCUGCCUACCGCCGCUAAGGGUCCUACUCAUCCGCGCGUUCCCUCAACUGAGCGGCUCGACAAGCAACUACCCGUCGCAGAUGAACCAAGCCUACGAAGUGGGCAAGGGCUCCCGGGGCGCCAUUGCGCUCAAAUCCAAGGACCAGGUCACCAACGGACGGUCUAGGAACAUGGGCGUCGAGUCGACGGUCGAGCGAGGAUCCACGGUCAUAGACGACGCGGAAGGAGCAGCAGGCAAGGGCGGAAUCCAGUGCCAGGUCACAUACAGCGUGUCGUACGGGGAGCGAGGACGCGACGAGGAGAGUCUGGUGGGGACGACGCACCGCCAUGACUUUGACGACAUGCCGAGGAGGGGCAGCCCUGGGGGUGCGAGCACCCCAUCGACGAUGCGGCGCAGCCCGAGCGUGGCUGCCGAGCGGACAGCACGUAUCGAGAGCCCAGGGCCGUCGAGGAGCCUCAGCCGGUCGCGGUCUCACCACAGGAACUUUAGCAGGCCCCACGUUGCACCCAGGAGCGGGAGCCACUACCGCUCUGACAGCGUGUCGGUGUUAAAUUCUAGUGAGAGGCUGGAUCCAGACGCAGUGGGACCGCUGAGCCCGAGCUAUCCUUUGCCGUAG